AUGUCAAGUUCAUCUGGUUCAUCAGGAAGUGGCACAGGACGAGGACGUGGUGGUGCAAGCCCUAGUAUAGCAGUCUCAGACUCCAAACCAGAAUCAAAAGAAAACAAACCAAAUCCCAAGAUGUCGAAAGCACUUGGCACUUCAGCUAAGAGGAUUCAAAAGGAGUUAGCUGAGAUUACACUCGAUCCACCACCAAACUGCAGUGCUGGACCAAAAGGAGAUAAUCUGUAUGAAUGGGUUUCUACUAUUCUUGGACCGCCUGGAUCAGUAUAUGAGGGUGGAGUUUUCUUCCUUGAUAUACAUUUUUCACCAGAAUACCCCUUUAAACCACCUAAGGUGACAUUUCGUACUAGGAUAUACCACUGUAACAUCAACAGCCAGGGUGUAAUAUGCUUGGACAUACUCAAAGACAACUGGUCUCCAGCACUCACAAUAUCCAAGGUUCUGUUGUCAAUAUGCUCCCUACUAACUGAUUGUAAUCCAGCGGAUCCACUGGUUGGCAGCAUUGCAACACAGUAUCUUCAGAACAGAGAAGAGCAUGAUCGCAUCGCCCGUCUCUGGACCAAACGCUAUGCAACAUGA